AUGCGCCCGACAUGGUGUCUCCGGACAGUCAGGUGGUCUUGUCAUGUAGCGGCGACGAGAGCCGCACAACUCGUCCCCUUCCUGCUUCUGGAGCAGGGAAUUGGCGACGAGCAUGUGGCAGAGGCCACGAUUGAGAAGGCAUUGAUCCAGGCCUUCGAGAAGGCCGAUGCUGAUUUGAGCCGCCACGCAGACAGCGGCUGCACUGCGGUGGGGGCACUGUGGAAGGGCAGUAGCGUCUGGAUAGCCAGCGCUGGAGACAGCCGAUGCGUCCUCCUGGAAGACAAUCAGGUGGUCUUUGCAACAACAGACCACAAGCCAAGCUGCGCCAAGGAGAAGGCUCGCGUGGAGGGCAGCGGGGGCGAGGUCCGUGUGGAGGAGCAGGUGCCGCGUGUUUAUGCCGCCGGCCAGCGCGGGCCGGGACUGGGGGUGACGCGGGCGUUGGGCGACGCCGCCGCCAAGUCUUGUGGAAUCAUCGCCACACCGCAGGUACACUAUCUACGCCUUGAUGCGAGCAAACAGGCGAAAGCCGUGUUAGCGAGCGACGGCAUCUGGGAGGUGGUGGAGCAAAAGGACUUGCCCUCUCUGAUGCUGGAUGGC